CCCUAAUGAAAACCAUGUAAUUUCGGACCCUGGAAUAUUGACUGAAGGUAAAACGGUAACGCUAACAUGUACUGCACCAGGAGGCUGCCCCAACGCACUAAUUACAUGGCAGAACCAGACGGGAAUAUGGACUAACUCAACAAAUCUGACAUUCGUACCAACUCGGAGUCACCAUCAAACUUCAUUGACUUGUCAGAUGACCUUCCCAUCAUUGAACAGUUAUUCCCAAAAUGAAAUCACAUUAUCUGUUCAGUAUCCACCUUCCAUCUUUAUUACCACUGAGACUCCAGGAAUACAAAACCACACCAUUGUCAACCACACCACAAAUCAGGAAGUGACAGUACAAGAAGGAAGCUCACUGGCUCUGAAAUGUUCUGUGGACAGUAACCCAGGAGCUCAGGUGACCUGGAUGAAGGGAGAGAAGAACGUACUCAACAAGGGCAAUGGGAGUGAGCUUAUGCUCAAUCUGAGCAAUAUAAUAGCCAGUGAGGCAGAUACAUAUCAUUGCUUGGCUCACAAUAAUCUUGGUGCCAUUAAUCAAACUAUCAUUAUAAUUGUACAAUCGGAUAAUACAAAGUAUUUUGUGAUUGCUGGUGCAGUCGGAAUUGCUGCCCUUUUGUUGGUUGCAGUUACAUUGAAGCUUCUGUUGAGAAGCAGGACAAAGAACAAUAAAACAGAGGAUUCCAGCGUUAAAAACAACCAGUAUGAAUGCCAACCUGACCAAUUGUAUGAAAACAUGGAACCAUACACUUUGUACGCAAACACUGAAUUUGCCAUCACUGAUAAAAAGGAAAAACAGUCCAAUACUAAACCCAAGUAUUUUGAAGACGAACCUGUUGAUUUUGAAGAAUCUGUUUAUGCAAAUGCAUGAGUUUUCCAGAAGACAUUUUAAGAACGCUUCAGUGGAUUGGCAAUUUAUAUUGUGACCUUCAAACACAGGGUUCAGUGUUCAGUAUUCAUCAAAGUUAAUAUUUGCCAGCUAACAUACUCUGCUGUCUUUGUCAAAGUAGGAACUCUAUCUAGUUUCUACAUUAACAAUUGUAAAGCCUCUAUGGAUCCGUCCCUCAAGAUUGUAGCUUGAUGGCGUUUGGCCAACUAUGCACUCAGUCCCAACGGCCUUUGCAAACUAUUUGGUAGAUUCAGGUACAUUUGCCUAAACUUGCGGCG